GAAGAACUUCCCCUCCCAGGUUGUAUUAUCUUUGAAUUCCACUAUAGUUCCUCUUAAGGGUCAUAUUUACCAAGAGUAGGAAAGUUAUAUUUCUGGUAGAUCUUUGAAACUCAUUAAUGCAAGCUUUGCUUGUUUUGAUUUCCGUUGAUGAAUCAUGCAGUGAGACUUUAUUUAACCCUACACUUGCUUACAUGUACGCAAAAUAGCCAUUUUUAUACCUUUCAAGUCUCUAGUGGAUAGGAGAGCGUAAUGUUUAACACUUGAUCAAAGGUGCGUUUCUCGUUUAACAAGUUUGCAUGGAUUCAAAAUAUUCGCUACUACGCUGGGUUAAAGAGCGUCAAUCUAUUGUACCCCCUCUGGGGAAAAUGUACUGUGGCGCGAGGCAAACGUAGUCGUUCGAUUCCGGAGAAGGUGCAAUGGAUAAUGCGACUCCAGCCACAACGAACAACACCAGAAUGGAGAAACGGAUCGCUUUAGAGUGUGGUAAAAGAAAGCCGGAUGAGAUUGUCGAGCUAAUCUUGGACAAUUGUUAUUCUACCAACGUCGUUGGGCUAACAGAUGAAUUCGUCAACUUGGAGAGGCUAUCUCUGAUCAAAGUUGGGCUGACAAAUUUGAAAAAUUUUCCCAAUUUACCAAAUCUUACUCGGCUGGAACUUGGCGAAAACAGGAUAAUGUCAGGCCUCCAGUCCCUUCAGGGAUCACCGAAAUUAGCACAUUUGAGUCUUAGCAAUAACAGGAUAAAAGAUCUCGAAACUUUAGAACCGUUGUCAAAACUACAAAAUUUAAAAAGUUUGGAUUUACUUAACUGCGAAGUAACAACGAUAGAAGACUACAGAGCUGAAAUAUUUAACAUGAUACCAUCCCUGAAAUAUCUCGACGGCUAUGACAGAUUCGGGAACGAAGCAGAGGACACAGAUUCCUCCGGGGAGGAAGACGGCGAAGAAGAUGACGAAGGAGAGGAGGAUGAUGAGGGGGAUGAAGAUGACGAAGAUGAUGAUGGUGAAGGAGAGGAGGAAGAUGAAGAUGAUGUAGAUGAUGAAGAGGGCUCAAGUGGCGAGGAAGAGGAGGAAGGUGUAGAAGGGGAAGAGGGUGAUGAAGAUGAUGAUGAUGAAGAAGAUGAUGAAGGUGAAGAUGAGGAGGAACCAGGUCUAGAUUACUUACAAAAAGAGAACUUAGAGGAUGAAGAAGAAGGAGAAGACUUCAACCCAGAGGAAGAAGAUGAAGAAGAGGAAGAAGAGGAAGAGGAGGAUGAAGAAACAGAGGAAGCUGAAAGGAGAGGAGAAAAAAGAAAGCGAGAAGAAGAUGAUGAUGAUGAUGAUGAUGACUGAUGUAAACUAUCUUAGCAAGUGCAGAGCAGCCCACUCUAUAGAGAAAGAGCUCUUUAUGUAUAGACUUGCCAGCAUGUUACUGAUGCCCUUAUUUUAAAGGGCUGGAAGUGUUCUCUCACAAGGCCUCUAACAGAACUAUUCCAUGACUUCCAAAUGGUGUUUUCAUUCCAUGAGUUGUGACUGAGUCAUAUCCUGUUUUGUAAUUCAUAGUACUAAACAUGUCAGAAUGGUAGCAAGUUUUUUUUUCCUUGUUGGACUUGGUCUGAUUUGAAUUUGCUUUCACUUCAAGAGUCAGUGAACAUCUCUCACCAGACAGAGAUCAACACAUAACAUCCAUGUCUGUAAAUAUGCGUUGGUAUGGCAUCUCAUGGAUGCUCUGUAUGAUGACUGCACAACUUGUUGGUGCACUUGGUACUUUCUGCAUUGUAUGGUACAAGCAAAACACCUUUGUUUUAAUGUGUUGAUAGUUUAUCGCAGUGAGUUACUCGCCUGUAGAUAGGAAAGAGCAGUUGUUGUUAACUUGCACUACUGACGACAUAACUUUUUUGAGAGUAAAACAUUUUUUAACUUUCUGGCAUCAA